AUGCAAGCCAGUCCAAAUGUUACCUCCAUCAUGCUGUCCUAUCCAAACCUGACCUUUCCCAAGAGCUGCUUGCGUCACUUGGAUCCAAAACCCAAUGCUUUGACCAUCCUCAGAGGCCCAGGGGAUCCAGACCUGCCCUGGCCCGGCUUCUUAUUGGGACAAACGCCGGCGUCUCUGUGGUAUUGGUGUGCAGAUCAGGUGAUUGUCCAACGAGUCCUCGCUGCUAAAAACAUUACUCAUGUCAAAGCCUCCACCAUCAUGGCCGGCUGUCUGAAGAUCCUGCCCAUGUUCAUCAUCGUCAUCCCAGGUAUGAUUGCCCGUAUCUUAUUUGCCGACGAACUCAUCUGCAUCAGCCCGGAUCACUGCGCAGAGGUGUGCGGCUCUCCGGCGGGCUGCAGUAACGUAGCUUACCCGCGCCUCGUCAUGUCCGUGAUGCCCACCGGUCUACGCGGCCUGAUGCUAGCCGUCAUGAUUGCGGCACUCAUGAGCGACUUGGACUCCAUCUUCAACUCCGCUAGCACCAUCUUCACCCUGGACAUUUACAAGAUGCUACGGAAACAGACCACGUCGCGCGAGCUGGUGAUUCCAUGGUGCAUCACACGGUCCCGCUGUGGAGUGGUGGAGGACUGUUUUGAUGUCGGACCCGGAUACUUGUCUGCCGUAUUCUCUGUCACUUUCCUGCAGCAGCGCAGCUUCAUCUAG